AUGGCUGCAGUCGCAGAGCUCUCCUUCCUGCUGUUUGCACUCAUCAACAAGAUUCAUGCAGAGGAACUCAUCAUCAUCCAAAAGGAAAGGGACUCUUACACCUCCGAGCUCCCCAAGGAGGCCAACUCCUCCUGCCUGAUCUCCAGAUUUGUUGGUGAGGAGAAGAUUGUCCUGUGGAACACCUCUGACCUCUGGUCCCAGAACUCCACAGUACCUAAAGACCUGAAAGGACGACUUUCAGUUGGCAGCAUUUCUAAUUACACGAUCCACAACCUGACCCACUCAGACUCCGGCACGUACCAAGAGGAGUGUUGGACCGAGGGCAAAGUGACAUCUGAGAAAAACAUCAGUAUUAUUAUUUGUAGUUCAAUAAAUGAGGAAUUACCUAUUGGAGUGGGUACCGAAGAAUCAGUGGACCUGCCAUGUCCGGGAGCAGCUGACAAUCCUGAUAUCCAGUGGCUCAAGCGUGAGUCUAGAUCUGAGCAAGAAAUAUGGACAAGAGUUUUUGGGGACAAUACGACAUCAGUGAUGGACAAUGUUAAAGGAAGAUACCAAGUGGUGACAAACACAUCAGAUCUUCGUGUAUCUGACUUCAGAACAAUAAUCUACACAACGUACACCUGUCUGGUGAUGAACCAACAGCAGUGUGUCAGCAGUCACCCUGUACGGCAGGCACCCCGGUCUAUAAUCUACGGCUCAGUGGAGGAGACGGCUGUGCUGCCGUGCAAUGUCACUGAUUUCAUUGAUGACGAGCCCCCACAUUGGAAGAAACUUAUAGACUUCUUCAAUGCUGACGAAGGACAAAUCAACUACAAGAUGUCUUUAGUGGAACAAGAAGUGGACCAAAACUACUCGCUGGUGUUUUCAUCGUUAAUGUUAAAUCACACAGGUCGGUACUUCUGUAAAACCUCUAAAAGACAGCAAAUGUAUUUUCUGUUUGUGUGCCCCAAAUUUGGCCCACCUGCUGUAGAGCUCUUCUCAGAGGGAGAAGAAAUCACUCUCAGAUGCAGAGAUUGGGGAGAGAGUGAGGGACACGUUUGGUUCAUCAAGUCGAACCAAACAGACGGAAGAAUCUUUAAUACAGGAACUGAUCUGAAAAUGAUGAGCAGAGUGAGCUGGGAUCCUUAUAAGCCAUCAUCUCUGGUUAUCUCUAAUGUCUCACUGGAAGACACAGGAGAGUAUUGGUGUGCAGGUUUUGACCGAGAUAUUCAGUGUGUGUCAACAACCAAAACUCUUCUAAAGUACAGAGAGCCCUCUGGGUUUCCCUCCACCUUCUACAUAGUGAGAUGCUCAGUGCUCAGUGUUCUGCUGGUGAUGCUCUGUGUUGUUGUAGUCGCUGUGAACCAGAGGACCAGGAGAGGAGAGCAGCUUUGAGCUGAGACAGAGAGUUAAUAUGCAGAUGUUCAUUUCACUUCACUCAUUUCUCAUUGGCUUUAAUACAGUGUGUUAUAUACUUGAUUUAAAAAUAAUGGAUGUUAGACAUUCAGCCAAAUAAAACAUUUGAACUGGAACAUAAAAAAGAAAAGGAGAGAGACAAAGAGAGAUUACAGAAACAACAAACAAGAAACUACAUAAACUCUGUGUAUGUGAUAUUAUUAUUAUUAAUUAUUAUUGCUAAGUGAAAUAACAAUAACAAUUAAUAAUAAUAAU